AUGACGGCUGAAGAAAAUACCAACCAAAUCCCACCACCUAUAACCGACACCUACAAAGAAGACACAGUCGCACGACCAAACCAAAUCGAGCGCGACGAUGGCGUCUGCACGUUGCAGGUCGAUGACCGGGAUUGUACGCUCGAAGUCGACAGACGGGUCGAGGAUACCAAUAAGGAAGUUGUCAUUAUUAACCACAACCAAGCAUGA